AAGAAACCCGUGCAGCGUGAUCAUGGAGAAGUUAGCCAGCAGAGUAUUUAACUUCAGCACCACGAACAGCUCCGUUGACAAACAGCACUACAUUGCAGGUGGGCAUCAGCACCUCGAUUCGAAGGAGUGGAAAGUUCUGUUACCAGCAAUACUGACAGUUAUCUGCGUUCUGGGUUCUGCUGGCAACCUCACAGUGAUCGGCGUUUUGAUCAGCAACGCACGAAAAAGCAAGCCUUCUCUGAUCAAUUCCUUAAUAUUAAAUCUAAGUAUGGCUGAUCUUGUGAUUCUGGCGUUUGCAGUUCCGUUGAAGGCUGCCGCGUACUCGAAGGCGAGCUGGACUCUUGGGUGGUUCGUAUGUAAGACCAGUGACUGGUUCAUCCAGUCUUGCAUGGCAGCUAAAAGUUUCACCAUUACAAUCCUGGCUAAAGCCUGUUUCAUGUAUGUGAGUAACCCAACCAAACAAAUCAAUAUAAAAAACAAAACGAUCCUGGCGGUCCUGUUGACUUCGUGGAUACUGGCUUGCAUUUUACCUCUACCUGCUUUGCUUUUUGCAACACUAAAACACGAAGGAGGUGGAUUUGUUUGUAUCCAAGCCAUUCGUUUAUCAGCACAAGACUUCAUGUGGGUUUACGUGAAGCUCUACCCUUUUGUUAUCUUCUGGGCUCCCUUAAGCUUUGCAUUUAUUAAUAUCUGGCGUUCUUAUGAAAGAUGCCAGAGGAGAGGGACAAAAACACUAAACCUGAGAAAUCAGAUACGCUCCAGGAAGCUGACUGUAAUGCUGUUGAGUACUGCGGUGACUUUUACUUUAAUGUGGCUGCCCGAAUGGGUGUCUUGGGUUUGGGUGAACCACAUCAUGGAGGAUGGUCCUGCCCCACCGCUGUUUUUUGUAAUUUCAGCCCAGGUAAUCAUGUUUGCCAUCUCCUUGCUGAACCCGCUCAUCAUCUUGGCCAUGUCUGAAGAGUUUAGAGAGGGAUAUAAAGGCUUGUGGACAAGGAUGAUCUUGAAGAAACAAAAGCCCGAUUCGAUACCACAGGAAACUCAAGUCGAAAACAGUCCAGCAGAGGCACCCCCCAACUCGGACCAUUUCCAGGAACAGACCAAAUUUAACCAAAAUCAAGAACAAGAACCGUCCUCCAGCAAGGAAAACCCAGACAGUCCAAUAAACAAGGACAUUAUCCUGCCUGAUGUAGAGCAGUUUUGGCAUGAGCGAGAAGCUGAAUCCACAACUCAAGAAAACGACCCUAUUCCAUGGGAAAACCAAGACCCCAAGAUACAACAGCCACAGUAGCAAUUCACCUUUGAAUCCUGACCUAAACAUAUGUAUAUUUUGUAAAAUAUUUAAUGUUGAGUAACGUUUACAUUCUAUUGCCAGUUUUUUGAUUGUAACAUUACUGUUUUCUGUACUUUCCCUGGUCCUUAACUAUAUGUACCUGUGUGUGUGUAG